CUCUCUCUCCCAAGUUCCCAACACGUUCUCUCUCCCUCAAUUCUCACCUUCAUCUCCACUGAUCGCCAAAUAAAUGGUUUUAAAUUCAAUUUUUUCAUUCAUACAAUCCACACAUACAUAUAUCUAUAUAUACACACACAGUGUGAUAACUGUAUAUGUAAAUCGGGGUCUUCAAAGUUCUGACGAAGAGGUGGUUGAUUCUUCGCUAAAACCCUGCUAGGGUUUAGUAAAGGAGAGGGAAAUACUUUGCUUGUUGAAGUAGUUAUUAGGGUUUUGUUUGUUCAAAUCCAUCUCUGUUUGUUUCAAGCGGCGAAUCGGACGAAAAUGUCAGAUUUCUUGCCUCGUGAUGUGUUCAUCGACGUCCUCACUAGACUACCCAUCAGAACCCUCGUCCGCUGCGCUUGUGUCUGCAAAUCAUGGUACUCUCUGCUCACGAACCCUAAUUUCAUCACCACACACCUCAAUGCGGACAACAACGACAACCUUCUUCUAAUUCGAAGACGCUCUGGUGAUGAUGGCAAUGUAGUGCAUUACUCGCUACUACUCUGCAAAAACGAAAUGUUCUGUGAUUAUGCAGAGCUUGAGCUUCCACUGAAGACCCACAGCGACCCUUUUUUGAGGAUAAUCGGUUGCUGCAAUGGGCUCGUGUGCCUUUACAAUGAUUUGCACAAUUCUCAGGAGGAGCUUUAUCUAUGGAAUCCAUCAAUUCAGAAUACGUUGGCCCUUCCGCCAUUACAGAAUUUACAGGUCAAGUUUCGAUCAGAUAAUCUUGUUAAUCAUAGCAUCGGAUUUGGCUUUGAUUCAGUCACUGAUGACUACAAGGUUGUCAGGAUUGUGUAUCUCAAUGGACCCUCUAGUUUUCGAACUCCUCCAGAGAUUGGAAUUUUCAGUCUGAGCACAGGCACAUGGAGGAACAUCAGCCAUUUAGGUCUUCCAUAUACCAUCUAUGAGCGGGCUCCCCAGGCUUAUCUGAACGGGGCUGCACAUUGGCUUGCUUGGGAUUGGAGAAGGAGGAGCAACUUGAUCGUGUCAUUCCACAUGGGUGAUGAGGUAUUUGGCGAGAUCAUGGUGCCCAGUAGCAUUUUUUGUGACUACGUGGAGAAAAGUGUUUGUGUUGCAAAGUUUCAAGAAUCACUGUCUCUGAUUGCUGGUAUUUCGGGCGAAGAUACUUGUUGCAUAUGGGUGAUGAAGGAGUAUGGCAUAUCAGAGUCUUGGACUAAACAAUUUAAUAUUGAUACGAAGAGAGGAUCUUUUAAUAGUGUAGCUGGCUUUACGAGAAAAGGUGAAAUUCUGUUUGGGACAAAUGCGGGGAAUCUAGUAGCUUAUGAUCUGGUUGCAAAACAAGUAAUGCGUCUUCACAUUCAUGGAUGUACAGAUCCAUGGUCUGGGGACUCAUUUUAUGCAGAUGCUUAUACAGAGAGCCUAGUUUUACUUGGAGCAAAAUUUCGUGAUAGUCACCUAUGAGGAAUCACCUGUUUUGCACGGAGAAGUUAAUGGAGCUAAGGAAUCCCGAAAAAGAAGAGCAAAAUUAUCCCCCCUCUUUUAUCCCAAAACAUUUGUAGUCUUUUGCUUACACUUAUAAAAGAAGAAGAGUAAAGACAAAGAAGAAAGGAAAGAAGAGGCAAGAUGGAUGAUUCUUACUUACUUUUACAUCUUAAAUUUGCUAUUGCCAAGUUCUGUCAUUGCUACAUGUAAAUGUAAAAGCUCAACCAAGCAUUUAAGUGACCUCUAUGUCAUCACUGCCUAGUAGGCAGCAUAAUCUUUUUUUAUAUAUAUUUUUUUCUUAUUUUUUUUGUGUGUCAAUUACUGUUUCAUAUUCAUCUUUGAGGAGUUAUAAUUAUUGUUGAUCUUUAUGUCUGUAUGUGCCUGAGGUGCAAUGAAUGUUCUUUCGGGGCUGUGAUCAGGGUGGAGAAUCAAAAUGAGGAAGCCAGAGAAGGUGUAGUCCUCUUGAAAGAGUAGAAGUGGCAAUGCACAAACAACAGGCUUAAGUUUGCUACUCCGCUAAGAUGGUUCCUCUGCGCAAAAGCCUCUCAUAGAGCGACGAACCUCGAUUGAUGGGCGGAGAAAGAAAAAUCUUAUAGAGAAACAAUGAUCUCUCCCAAGUGAUCAAUUUUAGAUCAUUCAAGACAAAUAGAUGAAUCACAAAUUUACAUUCUUGUACACGAGACAUUUGAUCCUUGUAAAAAAAAAUUUAAAAUUGUAAGGAUUCGGCUUUGAUUCGCUGACUGAUGCAUAACAUUGGAUUUGGCUUUUAUUCGCUGACUGAUGACUGUAAGGAUUGUGUGUAUUUGUCGGAUACGGACUCACUUAUUGUCACAUUCCUCCAGAGGUUGACAUUUUCAAUCUGAGCAGAGGCACAUGGCAAAACAUCAGCCAUUUAGGUCUUCCACAUUGGCUUGCUUAUGAUUGGAAAAGCAGUAACCAUAACAAGUUCUACUUGAUUGUGGCAUUCCACAUGGGUGAUGAAGGAGUAUGGCAUAUCAGAGUCUUGGACUAAACAAUUCAAUAUUGAUAUGUAUGGAGCAUUAUUCAAAAGUGUAACUCGCUUUACAAGGAAAGGCCAAUUCUUUUUUGGACAAGGGAUGGUUAUCAAUCGAGUAAUGCAUUGUCCUUUUUGUUGACCUACAGAUCAAUGGUUUAUAGAAUCCUUUUAUGCUGAUGCUUAUACAGAGAGCCUAGUUUUACUUGGAGCCAAAUUUCGUGAUACAAUCACUUCUGAGGAAUCACCUGUUUUGCAAGGUGAAGUGAGUGGAGCUAAGUAAACCAGGAAAAGAAGAGAAAAGGACCGUGAUCAGGGUGGAAAAUCAAAACGAGGAAGCUAGAGAAGGUGGAGAACUGUUGAAAGAGUAGAAGUGGCAUGGUGAAUUCUUUCCCUGUUUUUUGCUACUUUUACUUUGCCUACGGUACAUAUAUUGUAUGUUGAUGCGGUUAAAAACUUCAUUUGGGUAAUAUUUUAACUCACUCAUGGUGCUUUUGAACUCUUGGAGCAUAUGGGCUUCAUGUGAACUUUCUUUGAGAAAAGUUUAUAACUCAUGAUUGAUGCUUUUGAACUCUUGGAGCAUAUGGGCUUGAUAUGGCUUUAGAUGUUAUGCUGAAAGUAUUUCUCAUCUUUGGAUGCCAUUGUAUCUUCUAAAUUUUGUUUUGGGGUAUGAGCCACAUUAUAUUAUAUUAAUCAAGUUGUCAAGAGCAGCUUCUUUAG